UGUGUGUGUGUGUGUGUGUUUCAGGUGGGAGGAGGGAGCUGCGGAGAGGACUCGGAGGCGUGGCUCAGGGGCGGAGACCCGCUGGCAGUACUGUGAGCUAGAGCCCAGGGCUAGCUCCGACCGCCUCUUUUCUCCCUGGUCUUGCCGCUACAGGAAGGAGAGCAGAGCUGUGCGGCCGCCAGUCUCCAGAAUACCCUAUCAUCCCCUCCUUAUGGCCAUGGCAGCUCCGACCUUACCUGCGGACUGUGGCUACAUCCGAACCGUCUUGGGCCAGCAGAUCCUAGAGCAGCUGGACAGCUCCAGUCUGGCUCUACCUUCAGAGGCCAAACUGAAACUGGCUGGGAGCAGUAGCCACACUGACCAGUCUGCUAAAACCCUCAGAAUCCAGGAGCAGGUCCAGCAGACGCUGGCCAGAAAAGGCAAGAGUUUCGUGGCUAACGGAAGCCUGCCUCGAACCAGAAGUGUUCCAGAGUGUGUCUACAAUCCGAACUUAGUUGAAAACCACCUCUCUCUAGGGUGUUCCUCUGUUACCAAAACAUAUGACAUUUUAAAGGCAGGCACAACAGCUACUUAUGAGAAUCACUUGGAAAGAGGAAGAACACGAUAUAAUUCACAAAAGUCAAUGGAAGAAAGAUCUCAAAGGCAGCCUCUGAAGAGACUAGAGAUUUCUCCUGGAAGUAGUCCUGAGAGAGUUAAUUAUGCACAUAGUGACUACUAUUAUAUCCAGAAAAACCAGGCAGGACACAAUUUGAAGCUUCAUGAGAGUAGGAGGUCCACCGUAAUGCCACCAAGAUAUGCUCGUUCAGAAAUUGUUGAAUUCAACCGUCACGGUACCAUGAGUAGGCACCGUCAUUAUGAUACUUACCAUAGGCAAUAUCAGUAUGGAUCUGUUAGUGACACAGUUUUUGAUAGCUUCCCUGCCAGUCCAGCAGUACUUACAUACCCCAGGCCAAGAAACAGCCGAAGUAUGGGGAACCUCUUGGAGAAAGAGAACUACCUGACUUCAGGGCUUGCUUCAGGACAAGUCAGAACACUGGUGUCUCUACAACAAGGCCGCCAGAAUAAGCAAUCUGUUCGCUCUACUUGGCAUCAGAAUUCUUUCCAUAACACUCACACUCUGAGAGAUGUUCUGCCCAGUGUCAGUGCAGGAACCAGUGGGAAACAAACACAAAUGACAAUUGGCCAGGCAGCAACAGCAGGAGGUGGAAAUUUACUAACUGAAAGAGCUGCUUUCGGCAGUUCCCAGGUUGGCCAUGAAGAUGUAGAGAUGACUCUGGAAUAUGCGGUAAACAUGCUGGAUUCAGACAGCACACUAGCAUCUAGGAUUCAAGCUGCAGCCACUUUUAUCCAACAUGAAUGUUUCCAGAAGUCAGAAGCACGAAAAAGGGUUAAUGAACUUCGGGGCAUACCCAAGCUUCUACAGCUCCUAAAAGUACAGAAUGAGGAUAUACAGAGGGCAGCGUGUGGCGCCUUAAGAAAUUUGGCAUUUGAAGACAAUGACAACAAGAUGGAAAUAGCUGAACUGAAUGGGAUUCCUCGAUUGCUCCAGGUCCUGAAGCAAACCAGAGACUUGGAGACUAAAAAGCAGAUAACAGGUUUGCUGUGGAAUUUGUCCUCUAAUGAUAAGCUCAAGAAUCUGAUGAUUACAGAAGCUUUACUAAUCCUGACAGAUAUUAUCAUCAUCCCCUAUUCAGGAUGGUCUGAAGGUGACUAUCCCAAAGCAAAUGGGUUGCUUGAUUUUGAUAUAUUCUACAAUGUCACGGGAAGUUUAAGAAAUAUGAGUUCUGCUGGACCUGAUGGAAGGAAAGUGAUGAGAAGAUGUGAAGGAUUGAUAGAUUCUCUCGUGCAUUAUGUUAGAGGAACUAUUGCAGAUUAUCAGCCAGAUGAUAAGGCUACUGAGAACUGUGUAUGCAUUCUUCAUAACCUAUCCUACCAACUGGAGGCAGAACUCCCAGAAAAAUAUUCACAGAGUAACUACAUUCAAAACAGGAAUAUCCAGACUACCAAUAACAAAAGUAUUGGGUGCUUUGGAAGUCGAAGCAGGAAAGUGAAAGAGCAAUACCAAGACAUCCCACUGCCAGAGGAAAAGAGUAAUCCGAAGGGUGUGGAAUGGCUGUGGCACUCCAUUGUGAUAAGAAUGUAUCUAUCUUUGAUAGCCAAAAGUAUGAGAAACUACACACAAGAAGCAUCUUUGGGAGCUCUCCAGAAUCUCACAGCAGGAAAUGGACCGGUGCCAUCUGCUGUAGCCCAGACUGUUGUCCAAAAGGAAAAUGGCCUUCAGCACAUAAGAAAGAUGCUACAUGUGAGUGAUUUAAGUGUAAAAAAGACUGCAAUCUCACUGCUGAGAAACUUGUCUCGGAACUUGUCUCUGCAGAAUGAAAUUGCUAGGGAAACCUUACCUGAUUUAGUUUCCAUAAUUCCUGACACAGUGCCAAGUUCUGAUCUGCUCAUUGAGACUACAGCUUCUGCCUGUUACACUUUGAACAAUUUAAUCCAGAAUAGCCAGCAAAACGCACAAGAUCUUUUGAAUACUGGAGGCUUUCUGAAGAUUAUAGCUAUCAGCAUGGGUGAUAGCUAUGUAUCCAACAAAGCUAGUAAAGCAGCUUCUGUGCUACUCUAUUCCCUGUGGUCUCACACUGAUCUCCACAAUGCCUACAAGAAGGCUCAAUUUAAGAAGACAGAUUUUGUCAACAAUCAGACAAUCAAAGCCUACAACUCCCUUAAAGACUGAGAAAGAUGAAAUAAUGAUAGUAGAGACUGCCAGAACUACAUCUCUUGUGAGAAAACCAUGUUUUUUAGUAUUUGCCUCACCACUGGUCAACUGCACAAAGCUUCAAGAAGAAAAAAACUGAUUUUUGUGCCCCUCCCCAAAAACCUGUCUCAUUACUUAGCCUUUCCUCUUCUAUUUUCUUCUUAUCCUGGGUCCCUAGAAAAGAGAGAAUCAGAGAGUAUAAUACUAGAUUUCUGCCAGAACACUUUGUAAGCUAACCUUUACCAUUGUUGACAACUUCUAACACCACAGACCAUUUGGGUACAGGGGUAUUUUCCCCAGGCCAUCAUCACUGAACUGGUUAUACUCUCUUGCCUUCUCCAUCUUGACCCCCAAGUCAGCUCUGCACCAUCCUCUUCUCUCAAGUCCAUUGCCCUGCCAAAUCCCAGCUUCGGAUUACUCCAGACAUUUGCUGACUUCAUUUCACAGGAAGCUCAAGAAAAUAUUCAUUCCAAGUUUGUUACAUGAUCUCAACUAGGCCCAUUACGGCACCAAGGCAAUCUUGUUAUACCUCCUUAGCCGAUUCAUUAUUCUUCUCACCAUGGCAGCUCUUCCAGACAUUUUUAUCCCUUCUCAAACCUUCCAUGGCUCCCUCUCUCCCCACCCUCUCAGCUGAGAACUUGGCCUCAUAUUUCACUGAACAAAAAUUGAGGCCAUUUGCAGGGAGCUUCUUCCCUAUACUCAUUUCAUGUCAUUCAAAUGCCUUCUGCUGCUAUCUUCUCCUUCACUCACAUUUCUCGUGAAAAGAUGGCCCAUCUCAAAGGCAAAUACCUUUCUGUGCACAAGUGAUCACAUUUCAUCCCAUCUUUUCCAGCAGACUACCCCCCUCUAUCAUUCCUACUCUCACCAAUCUUCAAUCACUCCCUGUCUACUGGCUGCUUUCCUACUACCUACAAAUACACCUAUAUCUCUCUGAUCCUCAAAAAACCUACACUUUAUCCAUCCAUCCUUGUAACUAUUGUCCUAUAUCUCUUCUUGCUUUUGUGGAUAAUGUCCCUGAGAAAGCUAUCUAGAAUUAGUGCUUUUACUUUCCUUUACUCUCACCCUCUUCUUAACUCUUUUUAGUCUGGCUUCUCAAUUCAUAAUUCAACUAAAACUUCUCUUUCCAAAGUUACUAAGGAUCUUUUAACUGCCGGAUCUAACAGCCUUUUCCCAAUCCUCAUCCCUCUUGACCUUUCUGCAGACUUUAAGAAGCUGCACUGCCCAUCACCCUCUCUUCCUUGAUACACCCUCUUCUCUAGGUUUUCAUGACAGAAUUCCUUCCUGCUUCUCCUCCUGCCUGUCUAAAUGCUCCUUCUCUUUCUCUUUUGCUGGAUCUCCAUCCAGGUCAGACUCACUAACUACCUAAGUGACCUAGGGCUCUGUUCUGUUUCACUUGGUAAUCUAAUCAGCUCCCAUGGAUCUAAUUAUCAUCUCUAUGCUGAUGAUUCUCAGAUCGUCUUAUUCAUCACUAACUUCUUUCAUCAACAACUGACUAUCAGACAUUUCAAACUGAAUAUCCCACAGAUAUCUUAAAUUCAACAUGUCCAAGACUGAACUCAUCUUUCCUAAAAAUCCUCCCUUCUUCCAAAGUUCCCUAUUUCUGUAAAGCUUAACACCAUCUUCCCAGUCAUUCAAGCUCAAAAUCUAGGGGUCAUUCUCAUCUCCUCACUCUCACCAAUAGUAUCCAAUCUUUUGUCAAGUCUUAUUGUUUCUACCUUCAUAACAUCUCAAUAAUAUGCCCCCUUUCUGUCCUCUGACACUGACAUCACCACAGUUCAGGCCUUCAUCACCUUGCACCUGGACUACAAUAACGUGCUAAUUGGUCUGCCUGCCUCAAGUCUCUCCCUACUUCAAUCAGUUGUCCACUCAGCUGUCAAAAUGACUUUCCUAAAAUG